AUGAGCCACUCCUUGAAUGACAUCAUGGUUGAACACGAUCUACAAGGUUUGGAGGAAGAAGACCAAAGGAAAAGCAUCAAACACAAGCAGGAUUUAAACAUAUACUGUGUAGACCACGAUGAAAUGUGUUGUGGACUCUGUGGUAUAAUGUACCAUAAGCAGUGCACUGAAGUCACUGAUAUCAAAUCAAGUGGGAAAAUAUCGCUUGCAAAUUUACAUGGCAGAUGUGAAAAUAUUCAAAAAGGUGAUGAAAAACGAAUCCAAGCUUACCGCCGCCAGGUUCAGGUCAUUCCCGAACAAAUCGAUAUAAUGAAAAACGAAAUAGAUAAACUGUUUGAUGAUUUCAAGUGCAACGUUGUUCAGAGGGCCCGUGAUUCAGUCAAGAUGGAAUCAAAGAAAAUAGAUGAAGAGAAAAUAGUUCGAACGGCCAUUACUAAAGAUACUGAUACAAUAUCAGCUACAUACAUUGACGAUUCCUGUAGAAUGCAUCUAUUUACCAAAAAGAUAAGACAACACAAAAAUGCGAUUUCAAAACAAGAGUCCGAGAAACAUGUUCUGGAUUUCAUUUUCGAAUUCAACAAGACACUGCUUUCUUUCAUACAAAGCGGGGAUGACAUCGGUUCACUUAAAGUCGAGAAAACGUUCACCAAGGCAACAUCCGGGUCGUUUAUACGUCCUUUUAUGUUACGUUUGUUGGCGUCUAGGAAUUUGAAGCAGGAUGAAUAUGGUGAUAGAGAACCUUUAAUCACAGGUCUAGACUUCCUUUCAGACGGCAGAAUUGUAGCUGUCGAUAAUUGGAACUACAGGCUAAUCGUGUAUGAUCAGCAGCUAAACAAUCUGGCUACACAGCUCCUUGAUUUUCAACCUCAAGGCAUUAUUACAACUGGUGAUAGAAAAGCUGUUAUUACGACAUGUAGCGGAUGUAUGAUCUUGAAUUUUAAUAUAAACGCAGAUGACACUAUCAUCGAAUUACCGGCUUUUCACUGCAAUCGUCAAUACGAGUCCAUAUCAACAAUGCCGGGCGAUUGGUUUUGUGCCACCACACUCGUACACAAGUACCCUGUGGGCAUGGUUUCCAUCUAA